AUGGAGAUGCAAAUAUUCGAUUUUGCAACUAUAGCCAAUGCAACAAAUAACUUCUCAAGCAACAACAAGUUGGGACAAGGUGGAUUUGGUCAUGUAUAUAAGGGUAUGUUGAAAGAAGGGAAAGAAAUAGCAGUGAAGAGACUAUCAAAGGAUUCAGGGCAAGGAUUUGAUGAAUUCAAGAAUGAAGUGACAUUGAUAGUUAAACUUCAACAUCGGAAUCUGGUAAAGCUAUUUGGUUGCUGCCUUAAGGGAGAUGAAAGCAUGCUAAUCUACGAAUACUUGCCAAAUAAAAGUUUAGACAACUUCAUAUUCGAUAAAACAAGAAACAAAUUGUUGAACUGGGAAAGGCGAUUUCACAUCAUAGAUGGGAUUGCUCGAGGACUUCUUUAUCUUCAUCACGAUUCUAGAUUAAGGAUUAUUCAUAGAGAUUUAAAAGCAAGUAAUAUAUUAUUAGAUAAUGAUAUGAAUCCCAAGAUUUCAGACUUUGGUUUGGCUAGGAUGUUUGGUGGAGAUCAAAUAGAGGACAAAACAAGAAGAGUUGUCGGAACAUAUGGUUAUAUGUCUCCAGAGUAUGUUUUUUAUGGACGUUUCUCAAUGAAAUCUGAUGUUUUUAGUUUUGGAGUUUUGAUUUUGGAACAACGCCCAGAAGAUAGACCCAAGAUGUCAUCGGUGUUGCUUAUGUUAGGCGGCGAAAGUACAUUACCUCAACCGAAUCAGCCUGGUUAUUUCAUUGAAAAAGAUCAGCUGCCAUCAGCGACGGUAGCCGAUUGUAGAUCCAGGAAACAAUCAACUUCAUCUAAUGAAGUCACCAUUACAAUGUUAGAUGCCAGAUAGAAUUAGAGGUUCAUGACGCUAGAGGCGACUCUGUAAUUAUCAAAGAGCAAAAAAAAAUUUGAAAUAUGUUAAUAUUGUAGAAAA